AUAUCAUCAGUCAGAAUCAAAAAGCCCACUUUCUCUCUCUCUCUCUCUAGAACCAGUCCAGAGUAGACCGCGGUCUUCUUUCUUCCAAAGUAAACUCAACUUCUUCCUUCCUCCCCGCCGGCAAGAAAAGUCUCCCCGAUCCUCUCUCGCCAUUCCCGGCCUCGCCGUCCGGCUGAAUUGUCGACGUUCCGGCUCGCUCCGGCGCCGACUGGAGGCCAUGGCGGAUUCGGACAACGACUCGGGGGGCCACAACAACGCGAACAGCGAGUCGGCGGCGGCGCUCGCCCGCGAGCAGGACCGGUUCCUCCCGAUCGCGAACGUCAGCCGGAUCAUGAAGAAGGCGCUCCCCGCCAACGCCAAGAUAUCCAAGGAGGCCAAGGAGACCGUGCAGGAGUGCGUGUCGGAGUUCAUAAGCUUCAUAACGGGGGAGGCGUCGGACAAGUGCCAGCGGGAGAAGCGGAAGACGAUCAACGGGGACGAUCUGCUCUGGGCCAUGACCACGCUGGGGUUCGAGGAGUACGUGGAGCCCCUGAAGGUGUACCUGCAGAAGUUCCGGGAGAUCGAGGGCGAGAAGACGGCGGCCAUGGGGAAGCCCGGGGAGAGAUCGGACGGCGGGGACGGCAGCAGCAGCAUCGGCGGCGGCGGCGGCGGCGGCGUCGUGAACAGCGGCGGGGGCUCCGCGGGGGUAUGGGGUCGGGGGAGGUGGGGGAUGUACGGGGGAUGAUGAUGAUGGGGCAUCAUGUGCAUCAUGCGCAUCACCAGAGUCACCAUCACAUGUAUGGAUCCGGUAGUGGAGGGUCAUCUGGUGGGAGACCAAGGUAGGUUCUUCCCCGCUUUUUUUUUUUUUUUUUGCCUCUUCCUUUUUCCUUCUUAUAUAUAUAAACAAACAGGAAAGAAUUUAACUUCUUCUUCCUCCUUUCUAAUUAAUUAGUAAAAAUGGCGAUGGUGAUGAUGAUGCUGAUGCCAAGCUUUUUCGUUUUAGUUUGCCUUUGUAGUUUUGUUUUUUUUUUUUUUUUUUUUUGUCCUUAGUGGAUCCAAGUAUUGUUCAUGAUUGAUGUUAAAGAAAAAGGGUUUUUUCUCCUUCCCAUUUCAUUGGUCUUCACAUGAGAGAAAGAAAGAGAGAGAGAGAGAUUGUAUUGUAUGGAGGAGCAUGAGGGUAUAAAUUGGGGUGAUCUGGUGGGCUGUUUUCAUGGAGUAGGAAGGGAAGGAGUUCUUACAUGUAUAAUUGUGACUAUUAGUGGAUUAGUGAUGGCUAAUCUUUCAAUGUUUUCCAUCCUUCAAACUGUGUAAAUGCUGUAAGAUGAAUGUAAGAAGGUUCUGCUGUGA